AUGGUGCUCGUCCAGUGCAUGAGCGAGCAGAUGUGCCCGUUGACAUUCGGGGGCUCGGGCUUCUGCGCCGACGCCAGGGGCACAAGGGGUGCCCAGGGCGAAGGGAGGCGAUCGAAGCACGAGCAGCAAGAGGCGGAGGCGGCGCUGCAGAAGCCGACCACACGCCGGGCCGAAGCGCAGGACGAGGCCGCGCAGCCGAGCGACGCAAAGCAGGAGACGCGGCAAGGCGCUGGCGAGAAGGGCAGGGCGCCGCUCGGGCCACCCUCCGCUCGCCGGGGCCCGCGCCGACGCUGCCAGAGGGCCGCGCGGCGGCUGGCGAAGGCAGCCUGGGAGAUGGCGCUGGCCGAGCAUGGGGCACUGGUGGCGCGCGAGGAGGCCUUCCAGCAGCGGCAGAGCUUCCUGGCGGACAGGUUCGCGGCGCGCCGUCUGCAGGCCGCGCUCCAGAGCAGCAACGCCAGCCCGGAGAGCGGCACCACAGAGACCACCAGCAGAACGACAGGGGCCACCAACGCCACGGCGGCGAGCACCGCGCCGGCCACGACGAGCGCCUACGCCAGCUCCAACGCCAGCUACGAAGCCAACACCGCCGAGACCUCCGACACCAGGUCGGACGCCAGCGCCUACGCCUACGCCAGCUCCACCGCCAAGGCCCAGGAGGCCGAGAAGUACGGCGCCGGCACCGACGCCAGCGCCUACGCCAGCACUGGCGCCAUCUCCGACGCCAGCACCGCCGGGACCUCCGACGCCAGCUCGGACGCCAGCGCCUACGCUUACGCCAGUUCCAACGCCAAAGCACAGGAGGCCGAGAAGUUCGGCGCCUACGCCAGCACCGGCGCCAUCCCCGAGGCCAGCACCGCCGGGACCUCCGACGCCAGCUCGGACGCCAGCGCCCACGCCUACGCCAGCUCCAACGCCAAGGGCGCGGAGGACGCGAAGGUAGACGCCCACACCGACACCAACGCCAGCGCCUACGCCAGCCCCAACGCCAACUACGAAGCCAGCACCGCCGGGACCUCCGACGCCAGCUCGGACGCAGACGCCUACGCCUACGCCAGCUCCAGCGCCAAGGCCCAGGAGGCCGAGAAGUAUGGCGCCUACGCCGGCACCGACGCCAGCGCCUACGCCAGCACCGGCGCCAUCUCCGACGCCAGCACCGCCAGGACUUCCGACGCCAGCUCGGACGCCAGCGCCUACGCCUACGCCAACUCCAACGCCAAGGCCCAGGAGGCCGAGAAGUAUGGAGCCUGGGCCGGCACCGACGCCAGAGCCUACGCCAGCACCGGCGCCAUCUCCGACGCCAGCACCGCCGGGACCUCCGAUGCCAGCUCGGACGCCAGCGCCGACGCCUACGCCAGCUCCAACGCCAAGGCCCAGGAGGCCGAGAAGUAUGGCGCCUGCGCCGGCACCGACGCCAGCGCCUACGCCAGCUCCGGCGCCAUCUCCGACGCCAGCACCGCCGGGACCUCCGACGCCAGCUCGGACGCCAGCGCCUACGCCUACGCCAGCCCCAGCGCCAAGGACAGUCACUUCGACGCCGUGUUCGGUCGGAGGCCGCGGCCAGAGGUUGCUGCUCCUGCCUGCGCGAUGUGCCUGGAGCCGCUCGACAACGCGGGGGUGCAAUGGCCCGAUUGCGGCCACGUGCCACACAUUUUCCACGCGGCAUGCCUCGCCAGGCACCGGCCGCUGCGCCGGGGGCUAGCUCACCUGCGCCACACGGGCGGCGACGCCAGCAGGGUCGAGGAGGCGCAGUGCCCGCUCUGCAACCACAGGUGGGGCGACGGGCCGAGCGCCGCCGCGCGGCUCGCGGAGCUCGUGAGCUGCCUGGAGCGCGGUGACGGGCUCCCCUCCCGGGGGUGCCGGUGCGCGGUCUGCCGGAACCACGGAGGCGCGACGAGCAGCGAUGAGAACGACGACCCGUACGCAGGCGGACCCCUCGUGCUCCCAGAGGGACCCGCGCCACACGCGAUCGUCAGGCAGGCGCAGGUCGCCGCAACACCACACCAACGCAGCGUCUUCUCAGGGUGGCCUCCGCUGGAGGCCCCGCUGCGGGCACGUACCAAUUCGGACGUCUACAUGCCGUUGCUGCUCGCGGCGGCCGGCCUGCUCGAUCCGACGGAGGCGGCGCAGUGGGGGGCGCACCGCCUCACGCAGGACUGGUGGCAGCCGACGGUCGAGGCGCUGCGUCACUCGGAGCCGGUCCCCGCCGAGCAGAUCGCCCAGGGCUCGAAACGCCCGGGACACGUAUACCUGGCGCCCCUCGUCCGGGCCUUGGCAGACAGCGCCGGCCACGUGGAGCCGCAGGCGCAGGACCUCUUGCUGGAGAUGUUCGGCGGCGCUGUUUUGGCGAGAGGGGUUGACAGGGCAAGGAGAGAGGCGCUAGACGGGGUGGACCUGCAAGCAACCCUGCGGCAACGGGUGGCCACCAUGCGGAGCGCCCCCGCUUUCCUCCGCGGACCCCUGCGCAACGCGCUGCGCAAAGCGCUGAGGGAGAUCCACGCAGGGGGGGGCAACGAAGCACGACAGCUCCGAGGCUGGAAGCUCCUGUUUCUGAUCCCGCGCAUGCUGCUAAGCAAGGACCCCGGCGCCCGCACGGUGCCCAAAGAACAGCUGCUGGAACGGUUCGCCCGGUUCGAGGCGGGCGACUGGGCGCCCCUGCUAGCCCCCCCAGCCAGAAGGCGAAGCAGAGGAGGCCGCGGGCGGCCGCCGGCAGGGAGCGACGAGGAGCUUUCCCAGCGCUGCGCGAGGGCGCACGCCUUGGUUCAGCAGGGAGAGGUCUCGGCGGCGCGCCAGGGCCUCACGGCCAGCGCUCUCGCGCCGGGGGCCGAGGCCACGCUGGCGGAGCUGCGGGACCCGGCGCGAAGGCUCGCCCAACCGCGGGAGCCGCUGAGGGGGGACCUGGCAGCCUUAGCUCCGGAGCCUAUCUGGCUCGAGUCCGACAAGCUCCUGCGCAACCUCCGCGGCUGCCGCAGGGGCGCCGCCCCAGGGGAGCACCUCUUUGCAUUCCUGGACGACAUCUACGUGGUGUCUGCCCCAGUGCGCUCCCGCGACGUCUUCGAACUGGUCCGCUGCGCGCUUCAGAGGCACUGUGGCAUCGGCGUCAACAUGGGCAAGACGAAGGUCUGGAACGCAACAGGAACGGAACCGCCGAGAGUCAGGGAGUUAGGCACCGAGCAAGACCGGGUGUGGGUCGGAGACACCGCAGCGCCGCCACACGAGCAGGGCCUGGUGGUCCUCGGCACGCCCAUCGGGCACGUGGAAUUCGUCCGCCACCACAUGCACUCCCUGCUGGCAGACCACCGCGUUCUCCUGCACCGGCUGUGCCAAGUCGGAGACCUCCAGACGGCCUGGCUGCUCCUGAGCAUGUGCGCCAACCCGCGGGCCAAUUUCUACUUGCGCACAAUGGCGCCGGAGGACACGCUUGAGUUCGCGACGGCCCGCGACGAGCACAUGGCGGCGGCGGUCACAGACCUCCUGGGAACCCCUGCGGACCAGCUGACAGCAGAACAGACGGCCAGGGAGGUCGCGCAGCUCCCGCUCUGCCUCGGAGGGCUAGGCCUGCGUUGCGCUGCCCGCAUGGCGCCCGCGGCGUGGUGGGCGUCGUGGGCGGACUGCCUGCCGAUGCUGCGAGAGCGCGCGCCGGCGCUGACGGCGGACAUUUGCUGGGCCCUCGACACUGGCGCGGCCGGGCUCCCACCGGGCCUCCGCCAAGCGGCUGAGGCGCGGCGCCAGCUGGCCCUGGAAGGGUACGAGACGCCUAACUGGACGGCGCUGGCGCUGGGAGCGCGCCCCCCGCCCACGCACGACAGAGAAAUGGGCGAGUGGGCGCGCGGCUGGCAGUUCUGGGCGGCCCGAGCAAGAGACGACCGAGCCAGGGUCGGCAUCAUGCAACGCAUGCAGGCCCCAGAGCGCGCCCUGCUGCGCUCCCAGAGCGGCCCGUGCGCCGGCCGGGCGUUCACGGUCCUACCCACGAGCGAGCCCAUGCGAGUUCCACCCGCAGAGUUGCGCGUCCUCCUCCUGCGCCGCCUGCGCCUUGAUUUACCAUUCACGGCAGGCGCGUGCAGGUGCCGAGCGCGACUCGACAGCAGAGGGGACCACAGGGCGGCCUGCCCCGCAGCCGGCGUCCUCAAAAAGCGGGGAGCCCCUCUGGAGAAGGCGGCGGCCCGCAUCUGCCGCGAGGCGGGCGCGAGGGUGGCGGAGAACCAGUUCCUGCGGGACCUGAACGUCGACGGCGUCGGCGCGGGCGACGGCCGGCGGCUCGAGGUGAUCGCCAACGGUCUGCCGCCGUGGGGAGGGGCACAGCUGGCCGUGGACGCCACGCUGGUCUGCCCUCUCGGCCGGGACGGCGCGGCCCACCCGCGCACGGCAGACGAGGACGGGGCGUGGAUCCGCGAAGCCCGCAGGCGCAAGGAGACCACCUACCCAGAGCUCCUGGACGCGAGGCGCUGCCGGCUCGUGGUCAUGGCCCUGGAGGUGGGGGGCCGGUGGUCGCAGGAGGCCCUCCAGUUCGUGCGCCUCUUGGCUGACUGCAAAGCCCGGUCCGCGCCAGAGCUACUGCGCGCCUCGGUGAAGGCAGCCUGGAUCCAGCGGUGGACUGGCCUCGCCUCGGUGGCGGCGCAGAGGGCCUUCGCAGCCUCCCUGCUGCACCUGCCCCUGGACGGCCUCGCCUGCGACGGCGACGAGCCAUGGCUGCAGGACGUCCUGGCGGACGCGCGCCAUGCCGAGGCGCCAAUCCCUAGCCGCAUGCCGGCGCGCCCCUGA